GCAUUGGAGGCGAAGAAGCCAUCUGGUCUCUCAGAGUCACCUUCAUCACUAUGAAUUUUGAAGCUGUAUAGUACACAGGCAAACACACUACAUGAGGAAACAGACCUCACAGCUCCCUUUUUCUGAAGCACAAAUAAAUGAUCUUUAGAGGUAGCAUUUAGCAAAAGGGUCACUAAAGUCUACAGAUUUUACACUGUCUAAUAACGUGCUUAUAACUUUACAUCAUUUUUGUCACGCUCUGUUUUUAAACAUUUGGCAAAGUGGUAUUCCACACAUUCUUACUGGGAAUGUAAAGAGUAUUUCAAUGCCUGCGGAUCGUCAGGUAUGAAGGCAAAAGAAGUAGUAUGUCUUUUUUUUUUUUUUUUUUUUUUAAGUAAGCAGGCUGCAACGCUAAUCCUUCAGAUGUUUAAUUACAGAUUUUGAUUAUGCUUUUAUACGUUCAGUUAUACAUCUGAACCACGUCACGGUUUUGUUAUAUUCUACUGGCCAGUGGCCGCAAGAAUACAGCAAAACCCACGUCACUCACAACCCAGUUAUUCUUAAUUUCUUCAGAAUGUUCCCCUUUUUUUAACUACCACAGGACAGCACAGAUGGUGAAGGAACAGUAACAUUCGUCAGUAUAGUACCUGAACAGGAAAAGGAAAUAACAACAUGAAGGCCUGGGACUUCAUUCUUGACAAACACAGCAGAAGUAAAAAGAGUCAGUGGUUGGAUUAUGCGUACUAACACUAGCCCCCUUCCCAAGCAUAAACGUCUCUGCCAGUAUUAAGUGUUCACGAAAGUAUUUAUAUGUGUUUGCUGCUAAUCCCAAAUGAAACUGCAAUCUGGCGUGGCGUGUUCACUUUUAUUUGAGGUUUGACUGACGUGAUAACAGCAGGAUAACCUUUAACUAAAACUCAGACUUGCGCUAGUAGUUCACAGAUUAACUAAUGUGAGUUUUUUUUUUUUUUAACUUGAACCAAUCCUGCCUUACUUGGCCACUGCGGCGCCGCAGAAGGUUCUCGAAAUACUUUUUUUCCUGCUUAGCUGUUGGCUCGCAGUUUUGUUGCCCGGUGUGGUAAUAAGUCUGGGUACGUGUCCAGUUCACUCUUCGCGGUUUUGUUAUAGGUUGUUGUCGUCCACCCCUCGUUUCCCAUUUUGACAUGCGCUUGGACUCUGACCAUGGGCGUGUCCCAUCAUUAAUGAACGUGAGAAGUUCACAUACAGACAGUACUUUCCACAGAGAGAUUUUUGGUCCCUCUCCUAACUAGAAAGACCAGCUUGUGGGCCAGUAAAAGCUAUUAGGAGGAUGCUGACGUGUGUCAGUGGGGUUAAAGUAGAUUACUACCUUCGCGUCGAGUGAGAAAGGUGUUGGGACUGCAGGAUACCGUGCUGUGAAGGUGCAUACAGAUUAUGGCCAUGACAGAAAGUGCAUCACUUCCCCGCAUUGUGAUCAUUGGCUGUGGGAUUGCAGGAAUCGGUGCUGCCCAAUGUCUGUUUAGUCAUGGAUACAGGGAUCUGAAAGUUGUUGAGGCAACAGCAAGACCUGGCGGCAGAAUCAAAACCACUAAGUUUGGAAAAGGAUUAGUAGAAAUAGGAGCCAAUUGGAUUCAUGGCCCUUCCAAGCAGAACCCUGUGUUUCAAUUAGCUUGUCAGCAUGGACUGUUGGAUGCGGAAGCCUUGUCUGAGAAGAACCAAGCUAUAAAGCUUGGAGGACACCUUGCGCACCUACCUGUGUCAUAUUCCAGUUCAGGGAAAGUAAUUAGCCCAGUUGUCAAUGAAACUAUACGUCAAUUUUAUAUAAAUGUUCUGGAAAAGGCUAAAGAAGCCUUCAGUGCUGGGAAGGAGCCUUGUGCUAGUUUUGGAGAGUUUGUAAAAGUGGAAGCACUUGAGGCCAUGCAGACAUGGAAGGAUGAUGCAGAUUCGCCACAGCUCCACCUUGCCGUGCUAAAUGCAAUGAUGAAACAUGAAUGUUGCACAAAUGGAACCCAUAGUAUGGAUCUGGUUGGUUUUAGUGGCUAUGGGGAGUAUGAGACAUUGCCAGGCCUAGACUGUACUUUUCCUAGAGGCUACGAAGGUAUCAUCGAUUCUUUGAUGACAUCACUGCCAAAAGGUAUUUUCACAUUUAACAAGCCAGUUCGUUGUAUCCAUUGGCAGAGCACAUCCCCAGGGAGCAACUCUUCAGGACAGCGGACUUUUCCUGUAUUGGUAGAACUCAAAAAUGGAGAAACCCUUCUGGCUGACCAUGUGAUAGUCACAGUUCCUUUAGGUUACUUGAAGGAGCAUUAUAGAACUUUUUUUCAUCCUCCACUGCCUUCUACCAAGGCGAAGUCUAUUGAAAAGAUGGGCUUUGGCAUAAAUAACAAAAUUUUUAUGGAAUUUGAGAAGCCUUUUUGGGAACCAGACUGUCAGAGAAUUCACCUUGUCUGGGAAGAUGAGUCCCCUUUUGAUGAUGUGAGACUUAACCUGCAGAAGAACUGGUUUAAAAAAUUGGCCAGAAUUACUGUACUUCAUCCAUCAGAAAGAUAUGGCCAUGUUCUUUGUGGUUGGAUUGCAGGAUAUGAAGGUGAAUACAUGGAGACACUGUCUGAUGCAGAAGUUCUCAACACCAUGACCCAGCUUAUACGCAGGUUCACAGGUAACCAUCCUUGUGCCACACCAAAGAGGAUUCUGAGAACCAGGUGGAACAGUGACCCCUACACCAAAGGCUGUUACUCGUACACAGGGAUUGGGUGUACUGGUGAUGAUAUUGAUAGUCUCGCUGAACCACUGCCGUCUUCACAAGAGUGGAAAGACAAGCCAUUACAGGUUUUGUUUGCUGGAGAAGCCACUCACCGUAACUUCUACUCGACCACUCAUGGUGCCUUACUCUCAGGACGGAGAGAAGCAGACCGAAUUAUCAAGUUUUAUACUCCUGAUUCUCUGCGUUCAAAGUCAAAACUGUGAAACACUAAGUGCACAUUCUUACUUUGUCAAAAGAUGUAUGAAUCUGAACUUAAGAUGCAUUUUAAUGAAUAGCACAGAAAUAUUUUACAGUGACAUCAUAUAAAUGACAACUUCAUAGUGAGAGACACAGAUAUCCCCCUCACCAGACUGGACAAGGUAAAGAUCACUUUCAGCUGCUUAUCGGGUGCCAGGAUCUGACAAAUCAUGCAUGCACUCAAGUCACUCAACAACAAGUACGGUUAUGACUCUGUCAUAGUCCAUGUAGGAGUGAAUGACUUGAGACUUAUGUCUAAUGACUAUAUGAAGAGAAACAUUAUGGAACUCCGAUUACGUGUCUCAGACAGGUAGGUCCCUAGCCCUAAGCAGGAUCCUACCCUCACCCAGGAUGAUGCCACAAUAUAAACAAAAAAUGAUUGACUUCAGCAAUUGGCUCAUCUUCUGGUGUCAGUCCAGGGGGG